AUGAAGUGUUCACCGAAAUGUGAGUGGCAGAUACAAGCUCCAUGGGGAGAGCUUUCACAUCGCCAGCUGUCACCGCAUCUUCAGCAGUCAUCCCCGCUGUCAUCACCGCCGCCAUUAGCAUUGAGUCAUGGUUCGGGACAACUUGCUUUCAACGUAACCUCUUGGGGAAAUCCCCGGGCGCCUCCAGUGUUCCUUGCUCACGGACGCCAGGACUGCGCGACGACCUUUCAGCCACUUCUGGAGCUUAUGAACCCAGAAGAUUUCUUCUAUGUCUCCAUAGAUAUGCCUGGCAGCGGCAACAGCGCUCCUUUUCCAGUUGAACCCCAAGGUAGAUCUACAGAUUAUUGUCUGAAAAUUGAAGUACCAGAGGAACCGUUUAAUCUUGAAGACCAAGAAGUGACACUGAUUCUGGCUCGUGACCGUCUUAAUGAGGAUAAUGAUCAACCUAGAUUGGACGGUACCACAAGUAAUAAUUACAUGCCUAGACCAAAAAUUAUGCCAUCAUUUUAUUCUGUCAGCCAUCACAAGGAUUUCGUCAUAAUACAAAUGGAGGAAGAUGAAGAAGACAAUAAAAGAAACAGUGAAUUGAUUAAUAACAUUAAUUUAAAAGACUUUAACGCUAACCUACCACUUAAAAUCCAAAUUAAUUUUGUACGUGAUCAAUACACUCCAAGUUCCAUCUAUGAUGAUGGCGAUACAGACUGGACAGAUAUAGAUAGUGAUGAAAAUGAUCCAGAAGAAUUGACAGACGGACAGAAUAAGCAAAUCAAUGUAUGCUAUCGUGAUAUUUCUUCAGAAAUACGCCGUACGAGUAUAUUAGAUGAAUGCGCACGUUCUCGAUAUAGACCAUUAGCUACGAUACCACAAAAUGGUGAUGAUGAAAAUCUUGUAAAUGCGAUGUCAAAUUUGGACAUCCAUGGGCAGAAGCAUAUUAUAUGCCGAUCAUUGCAGAAGAGAAAACAUGGAAUGAAAUUGAUGAAAACCCCUGACGAUAGUAUUGUUUGUAAUGAUCAUGGCGGCCGGGAGUGUCCUUUCGCAAGAUCAGCCUUUCAGGAACCUUCAGAGAGAGUAUUUUUCAUCAGGGGUCUGAAAAAGGCAAUUCUACCAAGUUAUCUGCGCCGCAAAUUGGCGCGAGGAGGGUCAGGGCGGUAUUGGUUUACAUGGGGAAUCAUAGAUGAAGAGCCUAUCCAGGAUCCUGAUGAGGCUGUAUCCGAAAGUUCUUCACUUUCUCCUCUCUCUCUCUUUGAGGAUAUUGAUGAUAAUGAGUCGAAUUUAUCAACAGAAUGUGGACUAUCAGAAUGUCCUCAUUUGCCAGCUGGGCUACUAGACUGGUUGCAUAUAUUUUAUAAAGAUGGGGGAAUGCCUAAUUAUGCCAAUAGACCAGUAGCUGAUCCAUGGGCCGAUGAUGUCUCACAGUCGCCUACUAUCUCACACAAUGAGUACCCAGUGGAUAUGCCGAUACAUGAAACGAUAUAUGAAACAUUCCCUCAGACAUACUCUCAUGUUAGGGAAAUGCAUAACUAUGCCAAAAGACCGGUAGCCGAUCCCUGGGCCAAUGAUGACCAACAGUCGCCUAUUAUCAGACAGAAUCGGGAAACGCUGAAUAUGCCAACGAUAUAUGAAACACUCCCUGAGAGAGAUACUUAUGCUCCAAAGGUCAGGCUGUACAACCCUGGAUAUUUCGCCAGAACUUCUUCUAAUAUUUCUCCUGGCGCGUCAUCAGUCAUAGACAUUGCUCGUCCAGGACUGUAUACUCCAAUUGGCACAGCUCCUGGUUACAAUUAUGAAUACAUGCAUCCAGACCGCUAUUCACCAGAACCUGCUGAUCCACCGCAACACAGACCUUUUUGCCUGUCUCCAUGGACGUAUUUCGACGAACUUACCCCUUCACCAUCUAAUAGUCAUUUCGUACCGUGCCCAAUACAGGCUAAUGGUCUACCAUGUUGUUUUAACAACGUAUUGCAAACUGCCCAGGAGUCCAUACCUUCUAACUCUUUCAGCAGGCAGGAGCGAAACAACGAAGAAAUGUAUGAAAUAGCUGAAGAUUUCUACAACACCGUGUUUGCUGUUUCACCAUCGGCAAACGAUGGAGGAGGAGCCAGGCCAGACCGGGAACCUGGAAAUGGUGUGAAGAUUUUGCGUUUCCAGUUUGUGGCAGCUAUGGCGGCGGCUAUAGAACACCUCGGAUGGGAGAAGUUCAUGUUUAUAGGUCAUUCCAUGGGAUCAGAAAUAGGUCUAUUCUACAACAGUGUUAAUCCAGGCAAGAUAACUAAAAUGAUACUGUGUGAUCCCGAGCCCACUCUUCGGAGGUUACAAGUCCGCGACCUUCCUCGGUAUCAAACCAUGUUCUACGAUGAUUAUUAUAACAAUUAUUGGAAAGAUAAUUUCUACUAUAGGACGUACACUGUUAAAGAAGCCAAACAAGCUUUGAUGCGGGCUCGGAAUCUAACGGAGGAUAAAGCCUCUAUCAUUCUUAGUAACAGCUUGAAGCAUGUGCACGGUGACCAGUACAGAUUCACCUGGGACCGCCGCCUGAAGUUGCCAGCUCCCCAAAACUACCCCAAUUCUUACUAUUUCUCCAUUUUCAGUAACAUGCCCCCUACAUUAGUGAUAUCGGCUUCUGACAGUCUACGAGAGCAGUCACAAUCUGGAUCUUUGGAGCUUUUAAAAAUGUUGUCGACACUAGAAAAUUAUAACCAUGUAAUGGUGGAAGGCGGCCAUGAUGUACAUUUAACUAAUCCUGAAAGACUAGCGCCUCACGUUAUUGAAUUUUUGAAAAAAGAAACUAAAGUGAACAGCAAAUUAUAA